AUGGCUGCUUUGUAUGUGCGCAACUGCAUGAGGACUUUACUCUUUGUUUCUCUUCUCAGUCUCGUGUUCUCCUUGGAUAAGGGUUAUGCACAGAGAGUGCAAUACAAGCCGGAGAGCCACCACAUCUUCCAAUUCAGCUCUCUAUUACCUUCUGCUUCUUGCACAUCUUCAGGUGGUAUCCGGAAAUCGUCCCUAGAAGUAGUGCACAAGCACGGUCCAUGCUCUUCGAAUGCUCAAGCCAAGCCUAACGCGCUCAACUACACGAAAAUCCUGGUUGGAGACCAAUUGAGGGUUGAUUCGAUUCGAUCAAAGAUCUCGACGAGCUUAGGAGGCUCAAAGGUCACUCUCCCGGCCAUGCUCGGCAUCCCAUUCGACACGGUCGAGUACGUUGUGACCGUUAGCAUCGGCUCGACACAGUCAAACCUCACGCUCAUCUUUGACACAGGCAGCGACCUCACUUGGACUCAGUGCGAGCCUUGCUCAUACUGCUACCCUCAAUCCCAGCCGAUCUUCGACCCAUCUCACUCCUCGUCCUACGCUAAUAUGCCGUGUACCUCACCUGUGUGCAGUGCUUCUGGAUCAGCUAUUUCAACAAGUUGCUUGGGCUCGACUUGUUAUUACCAAAUAAGUUACGGCGACAGUUCGUCUUCGUCCGGGAACCUUGCGACAGAUACGUUGACGUUGACGUCCAUGGAUGUGAUAAGCAACUUCCAAUUCGGGUGCGGUGAAAUCAAUUAUGGCCUCUUUGGCGAAGUGGCCGGCCUGCUUGGCCUUGCCCGGGACGGCUUGUCGAUCGUGGGACAAACCGCCAGCAAGUAUGGCCAAUAUUUCUCGUAUUGCUUGCCCUCAUCGUCCAGCUCAACGGGGUACUUAACAUUUGGCAACACUAGUGAAUCGCCAAAGUCAUCAACCUUCACAACGAUGGCAACAAUUCCAGGAAGCCCAUUUUUCUAUGGCAUCAACAUAAUGGAAAUUGCUGUAGGAGGGACUACAUUGCCAAUCCCGUCGACAGUCUUCACAAACGCAGGGGCGAUCAUCGACUCUGGGACCGUGAUCACGCGACUGCCCCUGACGGCGUACAAUGCCAUGAGGACGGCUUUCCAGAAAGAGAUGGCGAGCUACAAGAGGGCACAGGGUGUCGGAAUCUUAGACACGUGCUAUGAUCUCCGCAACACACAAUCGGUCGUGGUCCCAAAGAUAGGGUUCACUUUCAGCGGAGGGGUGUUCGUGGACUUGGACCGUAGCGGCAUAUUGUACACCAUAAGCGAUGCGCAGGUUUGCCUUGCGUUCGCGCCGAACAGUGAUGACACCGAGAUCGCCAUUUACGGAAACGUGCAGCAAAAGACGUUCGAGGUGAUCUAUGAUGUUGCCGGAGGACAACUAGGUUUUGCCCCUAAUGGUUGUCCAUAA